AGCACUGCGGUGUCAACAGGGUCAGGGUGACUUUGUAUUUGGCUUUUCCCACUCUCAUAGUGCGCGAUUUUGGGGGGACGGCGCUUAGGAAAGACUGUGCUCCGUCCAAAAGUCAGUCCAAAAUGCAGCGCGUUUGUGGAAUAUGGGAAAAUCACAGGUAAAGCUGUGUGUGUAAUUUCGGUCACGGAUUGGGUGGCGGAUCCAGGAAAAAUGUGGAGAGAUGCAGAGCAGGCACUGACUCUGAUAUGGCUUCUCUCUUGGACCUCACACAGCAUGUGUCUUUCUCCUCCGGGGAGGCCCACACUAACAAGAUGUCGGUCGCCUGAGAAAGAGACUUUCACUUGCUGGUGGGAGCCUGGAUCAACAGGUGGACUGCCCACCAGCUACCACCUGUAUUUCAGAAAAGAGAGGUCUUUGGAAGUCUUUGAAUGUCCGGAUUAUCAUAAAGCGGGAAACAAUUCCUGUUAUUUUGAUAAGCAACACACGUCUAUUUGGAUCAUAUACAACAUCACAGUGGUGGCCUCCAAUGCACUGGGAAAAGCCUAUUCGGAAUCUAUAGAAGUUGAUGUUAUGGAUAUCGUGCAGUCUCACCCUCCAGAGAAUGUGAAUGUGACUUUCAUUCAGACCACGAACAGCCCCUAUUUCCUGGUGCAGUGGCAGCCUCCGCAUGACGCAGACACGCGUUCAGGCUGGGUAACAAUCAAAUAUGAAGUUCGCUUAAAAAUUGAGAACAGCGGAGACAAGGAGGACAGCAGUUGGGAGUCAUAUAGUGCUGGAAAACAAUUGGAGUUCAGCAUCUACAGUCCGCAUCCUGGAGCAAGUUACGUUGUGCAAGUGCGCUGUAAACUAGACCACGGCCUCUGGAGUGAAUGGAGCCCCUCUGCAUUCAUCCAGAUUCCAGACGAUAUGUCUGAUACACAGAAUGCGGUUAUGAUUAUUGCCGUCACGCUAACCGUCAUCAUUUUCCUGUUGACUGCAGGAGUGCUGACAGUCAAGAUGAAACCGGUGAAGCAUUUUUUACUGCCACCAGUUCCAGAACCGAAAAUCAGUGGCUUAGACAUUCAGCUCCUUAAGAGUGGGAAGUCUGAGGAGAUCUUCAGUGCUCUGAUUACUCCAGGAUAUCCUCAAAUAGCCCAGAGUUCAGACCGUCAAGUGGAGUAUCUUGUGGUCUCCGACUAUGAUGGGGAAAUGGAUUUUGAUGGCAAAGCUCAUCUUGAGUACCACAAGGGAGAAAAUCGUCCCACAGAUAAUGCACAAAAGGUCUCUCAAAACAGCAUCAAGAUCUCAUUGAACAGCAGCCAGGAUCUAAAAACAACACUGAGCGAAAAUGUCCACUCUGGGACCGUUUCCAAUCAGCUAAGUGUCCUUGGAGAGCCUCAACAACUACUUCACCUUAAUUGCAAAGGCUCACCAGUAAAAGCUCAGGACCAAAACACUCAAAUGAGCUCCGGUAGUAAUUGUGAGCACGUCAGCAUCAACCCUGCUGGACUUGCGGAGUACGUUGAGGUUGACGAAGACCAGAAACCUCUGGUCAGGGAGGACUACAGUAUGGUCAGUGACGUUAUCAGUGAUAACAUCCUUGUACUACAAGACAGCAUCCCUGUACAGGGACACAAAGAGGUCAAAUGUGACAAAACAUCUGAAGCUGAGGAAACGGGAGGUGUUUUUGAACCUCUGGGAUACUUGGAAACCCUGACAACAUUUUCAAGUGAAUCUUGACUGUUUUGUGACUUUAACUUCAGAGGUUUGGGAUUAUUUUGUCUGGUUGUGUUCUGCUCAAACUGUCAAGCACUUUGUAGCGUUUCCUGUACAGUGACAUAACUUGCUGCUGAACUACCAGUGCUAUUCAUAACUGAUUCCCGAAACUGCUGACUGAUCGUUUGAACCACACUGGUUCGACAAUCUAGAACUGUCGUUACUGAGGUCACGCUGGUGGAGUAAUUAGCCUACUUCUGCUAAUGAAUCAUUUCGGAUCAAAUUAAUGUCAGAUUAUCGAUAACAAACAUGGCAUCUGAGGACUAUAAUAUCUUUUUUGAAGAGUGUGAAUGAACCGCGAAUGAAGCAAUACAAUGGCGAACAUUGUGCUUCAUUCGCGGUUCGUUCACACUCUUCAAAA